CAACAAGCACUGUAUUUACCAGUCUGCCUUCCGAUAGACGACCUAGGUGGAGCACAGACGCUGAAGCUGACUGGACUUUCAAAUAACCUGAACAGGACGUUGAAUUUCAGAAGAGGACUUCCUUCCUGUUGGAUUCGUCUUUAGUUGGUUUGACUUGAGUUUUGGUGACAGCAUCUUGGAUCACAGGGUGAUAAAACGUGGACUGUCUCUGUCCCAUUUGACUUUUAUCUUUUAUAUUGACUGCUGUGCUGGAACUGUAUUCCCCUGUGAAUGCUGAGGUUGGUGGGUGACCCUCAGAAAAGAGGAGGUGAGGUGGUAACCAUGUGGAUCCCGACACCCAGCAUGACUCUCCCUCAGCGGAUGGUGCUGUACGGGACGUGUGUCGUGGCGUUGAUGAACUCUGUGGGCCUUCUGGUGCUCAUGGUCCAGCAGAAUCAGCAACAUGCCAGGCUGGAGCAGACAGAGGUGAGGCUGACGGACGUGGAGCAAAGCUCGGUGGUGGAGUUCCUCCAGGAGGUGCCCGGGAGAGCGGCGGGGAUUCGAGCAAACGUUGGGGAACAGCAGCCGCAAUACCAGUACCAAUACCAGUACUCCAGGAACAAGAGGAGUGAAAAAAAGUUGGAGCAGGAGCUUCACCACGAGCCUCACCAGGAAGACGGACAGGAGCUCUAUCAGCAAGAGGUCAGCCAGGAGGUGGGAGAGGACACAGAGAAGAAGAUGAAGCAUGAGCUGAAGCACAAGCACCGACACAGCCAUAGUUACCACAAGGCGCAUGUGCAGGAUGACAUGAUGACGAUGAUGACUUACUCCAUGGUCCCGAUCAAAUUGUUGAUCGACAUUUGCAACAGCACCAAGGGAGUCUGCAUAGCCGGACCCCCGGGACCGCCUGGUUUGCCUGGUGCUGACGGUUUGCCCGGCCACAAUGGGACGGAUGGCCUCCCAGGAAUGAAUGGACCACCCGGGGCUGAUGGGAAAAGAGGAAAAAAAGGGCCAGCAGGUGAAACAGGAGAACCUGGCGAAAAAGGAGAGCAAGGAGAGCCUGGGCCUCCCGGAGAGAAGGGACAACCAUCCAAUGAUGUCAUUAUUGAGGGCCGUGCUGGUCCUCCAGGACCUCCUGGGCCCAUGGGCCCUCCUGGACCUCCUGGGCCUCAAGGGCCUCCCAGAACAAGGCAUCACAGAGCCCACCUUCAGGCUGCUCAGACCCUGGGGACGUUACAUGCAAUUCCAAAUGAUGAAAAUUCAUCUCCAAAGGAAGCGGUGAAACUGCAUGAGAAGCCCGCUAAGAAGAACGAGUGCCUGAUUAAGUCUCUGAUCAACCCAAGGAAUGUGACGAAGAUGGAGAGCACCUUCGGCACGUGGAUGAAAGACACCGCUCAGCUGAACGAUGAGCGCAUAUGGGUGGCAGAGCACUUUUCUGGACGUGUGGUGAAGGAGUAUGCGAGCAUUGCCUCCUUCGAGAACAACAGCAGUGAAAUUGUGGACGUCAGAAAGUUCUAUUAUGGCUGCGGCCACACUGUUCACAACGGUUCUUUCUAUUAUCAUAUGGCUGGUAGUUCCAGCAUCGCCAGAUUUGACUUUCACACCAGGAAGCUUCACACCCUCAGUAUAGACAACGCCUUGCACCACAGCCUCGCUUAUCUGCUCUACAACUCCAAGACUUACUUUAAAUUCGCAGCGGAUGAGAACGGCUUGUGGCUGAUCUUCGCCUCCAGUGUGGACGAGAGCAUCACGGUGGCCCAGCUGGACCAGAAGACCUUCUCCGUCACGUCCUACAUAAACACCACCUACCCACGCACCAAGGCUGGCAACGCCUUCAUUGCCUGUGGUGUCCUGUAUGUAACCGACACCAAGGACACCAGAGUCACCUUUGCUUUUGACCUGCUUAAAGGGAAGCCGGUCAAUGUGACCUUUGACCUGAGGUCUCCAGGUGGCGUGCUGGCAAUGCUCUCCUACAGCCCGAAGGACAGACACCUGUAUGUGUGGGACCAAAGCUAUGUCAGGCUCUACGUGGUCCACUUCAUCAAUGAUGAAUGACAAACAGCCUGAGGAUGACACACACGACUGCUGACUACAACUACUAAUCACUCCAUCUUUGAAAACUGGUCAUAUUUAGGUUUCCAAAAGAUACGUACACACCAGUGUCAGCUUCAUCCUCCUGUCAGGUGUUGUAGUCAGUUGUGAAAAAUUAGAUUCACUCAAGGAAAUCAAUGUUUGGUCAAUAAUUAUUAUCAUAGUCAAAAAGAUAUACUGCUGUAUUCAUAUCCUAUUGUCAAUGUACUAUGUAAUGUAAGAUUUUAGAGUUACUAAUUGUGUGAAAAAAACUUAUUACGCCACUGUAGUGUAAGUUGUUACAUUAUUUUUUGUGUAUUUGCAUGGUGAUUCUUUUAUGUAUUUUUAUACAGAUGUACAUGUCACCCAGACCCAGAUAUCUUCCACAUAUAAACAGCCCACCUGCCUUUGUAGUGAAGCAGCAUGGUCCCUGGUCACUUAUUCCACUUGACGGAAAAUUAAAACAACAGCUUCAACUCACCCUGAUGAAAUAAAAAGAAUUUAUUCACUUUACAAAGGUAAAACUCUGACCAUGACCUGUUCUCUCACAUACCUUCAGGCUCAAGUGCCCCAGUGAGUGUCUACCCAUGAUAUUGGCUUCUUUUGCAUUAUUACAUGCACACACACACAAACACGCACACCAGACACCAGUAGGACCAUUGGUAAAACACACAAGAUACAUACAGUACACAUAGUGGGCAGAAAGAGGGAGAGAAACACAAAUCUCUUUAAUAAAUACCAUACAUACACUUAACAAAAGUUACAACUAAUCCAGCUGGUAUGAUACAAACCAAAAAUAAAGAAAUGCUUUCAUGUU